AUGAAAUCUUAUGAAAAAAGAUCUAAUACAAAACCACCUUAUAUUAUUGCGUGGGAAAAUUCAUCAAAAAAUAAGAAAAAGUUAUCUCGAAAAAAAUGCAGUUUAUCAGGUUUCACAUAUUCCAGUUAUAAAUUUCUAACGAAUUUCUUCGAAUAUCCUGUUGUUGUUAAUCUAGAAGUAGAGAAUGAAGGUGAACUAUUUUUUCCAGCUGUAACAAUUUGCAAUUCAAAUAGAAUGAGAGUAUCGGAACUCCAUAAAGACGUGUGUAAAUCUAAGCGAAAAUCUUGCGAGUAUUUACGUAUCAUACAUGAAAGUUCUUCAGAUAUUGAGAAUAAACCGGAAUUUGUCUUUAAAUUUGCAACAUGCAGUAAUUCUUCGAAAAGAGAAAUGACAUUAUAUCAUCAAAAAUUACUUGCAUUCACGAAUACUUUCUCGAGAUUUGAAGAUUGGAAAAUAAAAAAAAUGAGUCACCAGAUAGAAGACAUGAUUGAAGAAUGUACUUUUGAUGGAGAAAAAUGUGAUGCUUCAAGCUUUACUCCUUUGGAAAGUUUUACAUAUGGCAGCUGUUAUACUUUUAAUGGACGUUGGAUGAAUUCUAGAGGACAAGAAGAUAUGGGGAGAAGGAAAAGAAAGAAAUUUAUAGAUGAUGGAAACGAAAAAUUGAUUUCUAGAUCUACGAAUCCCUUCUCUGGGUUAUCUUUAACUCUAAACGUUCAGAUAGAAGAGUAUUUAUCAAUAACAUCUAAAAUGGGAGUUCACGUAAUAAUUCAUUCACCAGACGAACGACCUUAUCCAGAAGAAACAGGCAUCGACAUUAGUACUGGAUUUGAUACUGCUUUUGCCAUUCAAGAGAAUCUUUACAGAAGAAUGUCUAAACCAUUUAAAGAUAAGUGUGUUCUUUACGGUAAAGAUGAUUUUAAGAAAAUAAAAAGUCAAAAGGAAUGUCUUUCAUUAUGCACUAGAGAUCUGAUUAAAAAAGAAUGUGGUUGUUUGGAUCCUACUUUGAAAUUUUACAGAAACGUAACAUUUUGCGAUUUGACUAAGGAAGAAGAUGCAUGCUGCAUGAUGAAAAUGAGAAAAGUGAAUAUUUCUUACUGCCAGUGUCCUCUACCUUGUCAUGAAAUUACGUAUGAUGUAAGUCUUUAUUCGACAAUAUGGCCAUCAGAAUCAGAAUUUAAGCUUCGCUCUUUAAAGAAUUUGUCAAAACAAAUCACUUAUGAAGAAUAUAGAAAAGGACAUCUUCAAAUGAAUGUAUUCUUUGACAGAAUGGAACGUUUUAUUUAUAAUCAACAUCCUGUUUAUGAGAAGGACGAAUUUUUCAGUCAUCUUGGUGGACAGUUGAGUUUGUGGUUGGGAUUGUCACUAUUAACCCUUUUUGAAUAUUUAGAAAAAUUUUCACUCUUUUGUAUACAAGUAUAUAAAAAUUUCUCUAGAAAAUAGAUGACAGUCUUAACAUCUACAUGCAAUUAAUUUUAAGGCUUCAAAUGUCUCUAGAAUGCUAA